GCGCAGCUCCUGCCCCAUCACCACUCGCUGCUGCCCAGGAAGCUCCCCCAGGCAGCAACGCGCAGCUCUGGUCUCAUCACCUCAAUGUCCAGUUGCAUCCCAAGAGCGUCUAUGUCACCCGGCAGUACAUGCACGAUGGGGACUGUGGGUGUCUGGAAGCCUUUGCCCAAGGCGAAAGGCUCCUGCAGGAUCCCGCCUGCAUGGAGGAGGUGGAAGAUCGUUUGCACUACUUUGUUGAGGAGUGUGAUUACCUCCAGGGCUUUCAGGUUCUCUGUGACCUACACAACGGCUUCUCGGGAGUUGGUGCCAAGGUGACAGAGCUGCUCUGUGACGAGUAUUCAGGAAAAGGAAUCCUGAGCUGGGGCUUGACUCCAGCCACGAGGAACGUGGGGGAUUCCCAGAAGAACGUUUACAGGCUGAUGAACACAGCCCUGGGCAUUGUGCAUCUCUCCACUCACAGCUCCCUCUUCUGCCCCCUGUCCCUCAGCGGGAGCCUGGGACUCAAGCCACAGCCUCCUGUCACAUUCCCAUAUAUCAACUACGAUGCCGCGCUGAACCACCACAGCAGCGCCAUCCUGGCAGCAGCGCUCGAUACUCUCACCGUCCCCUAUCGGCUCAGCUCCUCCCAGGGCUCGAUGCUGCACCUCGCCGAAACACUCAACUUCUCUGGGAGAAAGGUUGUGGCUGCGUGGGCUUCUGUUCCCUUUCCCGCCCUCCACCGCUCCUCCCUCCCCGACACUUUCUGCACCUACCAGCAGGACGUGCCCUGGAAGCUUCUGGCUUCAUGCAGGGAGCGAAAGGGCAGCUCCUGCUUUGCUCAGUCCGUUGUGCUCCGAGGGGUUUGCAAAGACAGACCCAUCAGCAGCUCCCCAGGAAGGCAGCCUCCUUCUCCCCUCCACGCCUGCGAGAGCACUGAGCACGUCCUGCAGCGUUACUUACACACUGUGUUCCCUGGGGCUUUCAGCACAGCCCAUGUGCUGGAGCAGCCGUGUUACACCCCACCUCCGUACCCCCAGUUCUUUUCUCCUCUUCUGAGCAGACAAGGCUUCCUCCUGGACAAACCUCCCACUUACUCCCCAGCAGCUGUUGAGAGCAUCCCUGUGCUGGCAGCCCUCCAGUCUGCCCCAGUUCUCCACACGCUCCUCUACGGCUUGUACAAGGACCUGCAGAAGCUGAACACGCGGCGCUGCGCCAGUUUCUUCUCUGCUGGAGUAGAGCAGGAUGACUUCCAGGAGGCCUUGCACAAGCUAAGAACUCUCUCCCAGUGCUACGAAACAGAGUCUGAAGCAGAUGAAUCUGAAGAUGAAGCAGAUUCAGACUAA